GAAUCAAUCGCCGUUUUCUCUAUCUUCUUCCUUCCCUCUUCUCCGCAACUCUCCAAUUAGUCUCUGAAGAUAACCAGUCUAUGCUCUUCUAACUUCACUCUGUCUCUCUACCUAUGGGCUCUACUUCCACACUCUCUCUCUACUCUCAUCCAAAAAUUUCCUUUCCUGCACAGCCUCUGAAGCGCGCACGCGAAGCUGUGGGCGGCGCAACGAACUAUUGUGCGCCGGGGGUGCUGUUUCCUGCUACUCCACCAUAUAUCAGUAGACGAAGGUGUUGGAGAUCAAAAAGCUUAGUUGUAAGAUCGGACGGUGGUCCGCGAAGGCCGGCGAGUAAUCGGAGGGUUUACAAGCAGUCUCAGAGCCAAGCAGCUUCUUUUCCUGUAAAGGAGAUUGCUUCCUUUAUUGUUCCAGCUGGAGCUUUUGUUGCCAUUACUUUUGUUCUAUGGAAAUUGGUGGAGAAAAUCCUUCUUCCAAAACCACGAAGUUCUUCGUCUCUGGAAAACAAACCUUCUACACAAGGAAUGAAGUGGUCCUUCUCUCCUGGCACAAAUUUAUUAUCAGGUUUCGGUGCAAAGGUUGAGAGGGAGUCCAGACAAAGACUCAAUGAAUUGGCCGAAGAACUUAGAGCAUUCCGAAGUGUUGACAUGUCAGGUAUUAACUUUGGAGAUGAAGGACUAUUUUUUCUUGCCGAGAGCUUGGCAUACAAUCAGACUGCAGAGGAAGUAAAUUUUGCUGCUAAUGGAAUAACUGCAACUGGAUUGAAAGCCUUCGAUGGUGUUCUUCAAUCAAACAUUGUACUGAAUACUCUUGAUCUAUCUGGAAACCCCAUUGGAGACGAGGGAGUUAAGUGCCUAUGUGACACACUGGUAGAUAAUGCUGGGAUUCAGAAGCUCCAGCUGAACAGCACAAACUUGGGUGAUGAGGGAGCGAAGGCUAUUGCUGAGAUGCUGAAGAAAAAUUCAAGUUUACGCGUUCUUGAACUUAAUAAUAAUGUCAUUGAUUAUUCUGGAUUUACAAGUAUUGCUGGAGCACUCCUGGAAAAUAAUACUAUACAGAUUCUGUCUUUAAAUGGCAACUAUGGUGGUGCUUUGGGGGCUGCUGCUCUGGCUAAAGGGCUGGAGAGAAACAAAUCUUUGAGGGAACUCAUUUUGCAUGGAAAUUCAAUUGGAGAUGAAGGUGUUCGCGCUCUUAUGUCUGGUUUGUCUUCACAUAAAGGGAGACUUCAACACCUAGACAUUGGAAACAAUUCAAUUAGCUCAAAAGGUGCCUAUCAUGUUGCUGAAUAUAUCAAGAGAACCAAGAGCUUAGUAUGGUUGAACAUGUACAUGAAUGAUAUUGGAGAUGAGGGAGCAGAGAAAAUUGCUGAGGCUUUGAAGCAGAAUCGAACAGUAACAAACAUAGAUCUGGGGGGGAACAACAUCCAUGCAAAGGGGGCCAGUGACAUAGCUCAAGUUCUCAAAGAUAAUUCUGUCAUUACCAGUUUGGAAAUUGGUUACAAUCCAAUUGGACCAGAUGGAGCAAAAGCUUUAUCUGAAGUUCUUAAGUUUCAUGGAAAUAUAAAGACCCUCAGUCUUGGUUGGUGUCAGAUAGGAGCAAAGGGUGCAGAGUUCAUAGCUGACACUCUGAAAUACAACUCUACCAUAUCAACUCUGGACUUGCGAGCCAAUGGACUUCGAGAUGAUGGUGCCAUCCGUCUGGCUCAAAGCUUGAAAGUGGUCAAUGAAGCUUUGACUACCCUCAAUUUAGGGUUUAAUGAAAUACGAGACGAAGGGGCCUUUGCCAUUGCCCAAGCACUGAAAGCUAAUGAGGAUGUGAGAAUCACAAGUCUAAAUCUUGCCAGCAACUUCCUUACCAAAUUGGGACAGAGUGCUCUAACAGAUGCAAGAGACCAUGUAUACGAGAUGACUGAAAAAGAAGUCAGCGUUUUUUUCUGAACAGUUUCAAUGAAAUGUAUUCAAUAUGUUGGAAACAGGCUAUUCUUUUUUUUCAUUCUUCUUCGGGCUAGUGUUACCUUGUUAAUUUAUUAUUUGGCAUCCAUCAACUGAGUGAACACGAGAAAUUUUGGCGGUGAGAGAUCGUAGUUAGCUUUUUUUUUUGUUUUUUGUUUUUUGUUUUUUGUUUUUUGUUUUUAGUGAUAUUGAUGCAGGUUAAAA